CAUGCAAUUAUAGGUAUGUAUUUACCUAUAAAUAAUGAGAAACUUGUAUCAGUUUCAUACACGCUCUUACUAAACACUUCACAGUUAUCACUUCUUUGUAACUAGCCAAAUGAAGUUUGCACAUAUCACGGUUCUGGCUCUGUUUUGUUUGGCUUUUGUGGAAAUUGGUGCAAUAACAUUUGGAGAAGAUUAUUGGAAAUAUGUUUGGCCAAACACUCCUGUCCCCAAGGCUUUUUCAGAUCUUUUGAUUCCUAAUGGAAAAACUAAUAACCUGCCUAUUAGAGUCGAAGAAUUAAACCAAUACUCGACACUUUUUUUUCAACAUGACCUUUAUCCGGGAAACAAAAUAAUAUUGGGUAACACGCACUCAAUUGCAAAGAUGGUGGGGCUAUUCACUGAGCCAAUACAAGGUGUCACUGAUUCCAUAUGGCUGAAAAAUAAAGAAAGACAAAGUCUUGAUGACUUUUGUAAGAGUCCAGUUGCUAAAGGAGAACACAAACAUUGUGUAUCAUCUCUAGAUUCUAUGAUUGAUCAUGUCAUUUCACAUUUUGGAACAACAAAGAUUAAGGUCAUUUCAAGUACCUUUGACAUAAAUCAAGACCAAUAUGUGGUGGAGGAAGUCAAAAAAGUUGGUGACAAUGCAGUGAUGUGUCAUAGAUUGAAUUUCGAAAAAGUUGUAUUCAAUUGUCACCAAGUGCGUGCAACAACGGCUUACGUGGUCUCAUUGGUAGCACCUUAUGGAACCAAAGCGAAGGCUUUAACUGUUUGUCAUCAUGAUACAAGAGGUAUGAAUCCUGAGUUGCUUUACGGAGCUCUCAAAGUUAGCCCUGGAACUGUUUCUGUUUGCCAUUUCAUUGGCAAUAAGGCGGCUGCUUGGGUGCCUAAUUAUUCUGUUGAUCGUCAUUGUGUCAUCUAGAUGCUAAAUGGUUAUGCACAUCGUUUCCAAUUAAAAAAUUUCACACUUAAACCAUGAUUGACAUUUGAGGAUUUUUACUGUCAUGGAAUCCUCAUGUUCAAAUUGGAUUUGUGUUAAAAUAAUAUAAGUACAUAAGGAGAACUAUGAUGUGCAAGUAUUAGAUUUUAUGUAUUUUAAAUAAAACAUGUUAGUUCUAAACUAGUUAGAACCAUGGUUGUAUCUUUGUAUGUUAUCAUAGUUUGAUAUCGAUAACCGGAUCAUUGAUGUAUGGUUGGCUAGUUUGGUAUCGAUUCUCAAAUCUUUGAUGUAUGUUUAAAUUGCAUAAUGAAAAAAUGUAUGUUUGAUAUUCUA